AUGCAAGGAUCAAGGGGAGUAGAAAUGCCUCAAAAGCAAUCUACCCGAGGUCCACCUCUUCCGAGGACAUUGAGCUCGAAUUCUGACCCGUUACACCAUCGAUCAAGAGCUGACAGGAGCCGAAAGCUAGCAGAUGGUCAAUCCCCACGAGGGACUCAAUCUGAUCCUGCAAAUCGAAAGAAACUUGGAACACGUAUUGCUGAUUUGGAAUGUCACCUCGGCCAAGCACAGGAGGAGCUCAAAAGUCUCAAGGACCAAUUCUCUUUAAAGGGGGCUUCAAAGAAAGUUGAGAAGAAAUCGAAGAAACAGCAAAUAGUUCUUGAGUCGUUGGAUACUCUGGAAAACGACUCUAUUUCAGUUCAAACCGAAGAAUCCAGUGACAAGAACAAUACUAGUGCUUGUGAAACAUCUGAUGAAAACCAGCAGGAAACUUAUGUUUUUGAAGUUCCAGCCGUGAAAGUAACUAUGGAACCGACAAGUAAACUGUGCCCCUCAGAUGAUCAUGAAAUUGAACCAAACUCUGUUGGUUUAUCAACCGAAUCACCAAACAUGUCGGAGCCAGAAGAGUCAUCAUUACAUGAGUUGGCUCUGAAGGACGAUGAACUGAAGUUGCUAAAGGCGAAGUUGGAGGACAAAGAAAAUGAACUGGAAGUAUUUCGCUUAGAAAAUGAGAGCUUAAAGAAUCAGCUAAAUGAAAAGUUGCAGGAGAUAUCAUCAGUUGGAUCCAAGGGAGAGGAAGUAACUUCAAGAUUGAAUCAAGUUGAACAAGAAUUGGAAAGGAGCAAAAGCAGUGCUGUCCAAUUAAACGAGAAAUUAGAAGCUGCUGAAAAUGCAAAGGAGGAAUUAGAAACUGAAAUGAAGAAGCUUCAGGUAAUAACAGAGCAAUGGCGAAAGGCAGCUGAUGCUGCAGCAUCAGUUCUAGCCGGGGAUGUGGCGACGAAUGGCAAAAGAAUUUCUGAGCGGUGUGGAUCCAUGGAUACACACACUGGCAAUGUCUUCAAACCAGUAGAUUUGGAUUCACAACUAUUAAUUGAUGUUAUCGGAGGUGGAAAGGGGAAAGGUUCUGGGCUGAGAAUUGGAGACCUGUGGAAAAAGAAGGGCCAGAAGUAG